AUGGCUAUCCACCCUAGUUUUCCGUCGCAAAGGGACGGUAGAGGGCCAUUGUCUCCACAGCAAGCCCAGGCAAUUUCGGCUUGGACGGAGCAGGCUGCUGCGUCUCUACAGGAUUUGACAAUCACAGAUUCGGCGCCCACGAGCGCAGGAAACGCCACCUUGCGCGGGACGACUGUCUCCCUCUCGAUUCCCCUUGAUGACCCUGUUCCGGCUGCAGAAGGCGGUGCGCCUAGAGUCAAGACCCCGGGCCAAGGCACCGAGGAGGCCCGAAAGAUACCGGCGGUUAGCUUCCGACGUCGUGAACCACUCCGCCGUGACAGUCUGAAAAGACGAGAAGCUCUGCUGAAGGGCAAGGAUGGCAGUCGCCGGAGGCAACGCUGGGAGAACGAUCGUCUUUUGCACAACCCCUGGGCGGAGCCUCCAUCCCCUAAUGAUUGGAUGCCGCAGCCCACCCAUACCCGUCAUGAGCCUAUGCCGUACUUCCUCGCGCCCUUGUGGGAUAAGCAUUACGCGCACAUUGAACGACGUUCUCCAGGCGAUGCGAAGACCGAGAGACACCACAUUCCGAAGGAACUUCGUUUGAAGCUGAAGCAUGCUCGUGCUGCACGUGGUAUGCUCCAGGAUCUAGAAGAGGACAUUCGGCAGUUCAUUGAACGGUGGAACGAAAGACAACUGGUGCGUCAGAAGGACGGUCUUGCGGACGCGCCGUCAUCGUCAGAGGAAGACUCUGAAGAUGAAGUCGUCUUCGUCGGCCGGAAUGGACAAAUGCACGACUCUCCUGAUCGUAGGAAGAAGCUGCAGAGUAUGCGCGAGACGAUGAGUUCCCAUAAUGAGCGCGACGGGGAGAAGAUGGUGUUUGAGAGUCUUGUUGAUGACCGUGCUGCUGGGUUUGGUCGCUGGCUCGUCCAUUCAAUUGCUUCUUAUUACGGUCUCCACACAUGGUCCGUUACCGUCGGAAGCCCCGCUCGACGGGAAGCCUAUGUUGGCUUUUACCCACCGUCUUCAGGGUCGCGCGCAGGCUUGUUAACUCAGCCACCGUCAAGGUGCCGUGACAGAGUCCUGAUUCAGCCAGGCGAGAAACUCCCUCGGCCCUUGUGGUCGCAGGUGUGA